UUUGCUUGAAAGGAAAUAUCGAAAAAAAAAAAACACAUAAACAUACAUUUAUCGAAAAAACAACAAAAAUGGCAAAACUUUUUGUAGUCUUUGCUGUUUUAGCUGUGGCUAUUAGUGCAGGCGCUGAGCGUGUUAAACGUCAGGCCAGCACAGAUGAACCAAAAAAAGAAGAAUCGUUUGAAAAAGAAUUAUGUAAAGAUAAGGAUGCCGGUGAAUGGUUCCGUUUGGUGGCCGGUGAAGGCGAUAAUUGUCGUGACGUUAUACAAUGUACAUCAUCGGGUCUUCAAGCUAUACGCUGCCCAGCCGGCUUAUAUUUCGAUAUAGAGAAACAGACUUGCGAUUGGAAAGAAUCGGUUAAGAAUUGCAAAUCGAAGAACAAAGAGAGACGUGUUAAGCCUUUGCUGCAUACCGACGAGCCCUUAUGUCAAGAUGGCUUCUUAGCCUGCGGUGAUGGUAAUUGCAUUGAACGUGGCCUAUUCUGUAAUGGUGAAAAGGACUGCACAGACGGUUCCGAUGAAAAUACUUGCGACAUUGACAACGAUCCGAAUCGUGCUCCUCCAUGCGAUCCUGCCGUUUGCGUUUUGCCCGAUUGCUUCUGCUCAGAAGACGGUACAGCUAUACCUGGCGAUUUGCCCGCAAAAGAUGUUCCCAUGAUGAUUACUAUAACGUUCGAUGAUGCGAUUAACAACAACAACAUUGAGCUAUACAAGGAAAUGUUUAAGGGUCGCAAAAAUCCCAAUGGUUGCGACAUUAAGGCCACCUUCUUCAUAUCGCAUAAGUACACCAACUAUUCGGCAGUGCAGGAGACACAUCGCAAAGGUCAUGAAAUUGCAGUGCAUUCUAUAACCCAUAACGAUGAGGAACGUUUCUGGUCGAAUGCCACCGUUGAUGACUGGGCUAAAGAAAUGGCUGGUAUGCGCAUUAUUAUUGAGAAAUUCUCUAACAUAACAGAUAAUUCGGUGGUGGGUGUACGAGCUCCGUACUUGCGUGUCGGCGGCAAUAAUCAAUUCACGAUGAUGGAAGAGCAGGCUUUCUUAUACGAUUCGACUAUUACCGCACCUUUAUCGAAUCCUCCACUUUGGCCUUACACUAUGUACUUCCGUAUGCCUCAUCGUUGCCAUGGAAACUUGCAAAGCUGUCCUACACGCUCUCAUGCUGUUUGGGAAAUGGUUAUGAAUGAGCUUGAUCGUCGUGAGGAUCCUAAUAACGAUGAGUAUUUGCCUGGCUGUGCUAUGGUCGACUCCUGCUCGAAUAUUUUAACUGGUGAUCAAUUUUAUAAUUUCUUAAAUCACAACUUUGACCGUCAUUACGAUCAAAAUCGUGCUCCGUUGGGUUUGUAUUUCCAUGCUGCCUGGUUAAAGAAUAAUCCCGAAUUUUUGGACGCUUUCUUGUAUUGGAUCGAUGAAAUUCUGGCCAAUCAUAAUGAUGUAUACUUUGUAACUAUGACUCAGGUCAUACAAUGGAUGCAAAAUCCACGCACCAUCAGUGAAGUUAAAAACUUUGAACCCUGGAGGGAGAAAUGCGUUGUUGAUGGUAAACCAGCUUGCUGGGUACCAAAUGCCUGCAAGUUGACUUCGAAGGAAAUUCCCGGUGAAACUGUUAAUUUGCAGACUUGUGUAAGAUGUCCCAAUAACUAUCCUUGGGUCAAUGAUCCAACCGGCGAUGGUUUCUUCUAAGUCAACAAAUUCAAAGUAAAGAAAAAAAACAAGCCUUUAAAAGCUAAGCCUACUUCUGUACUUUUUUAAAAUGUUAAGCCAAUAUCUCAGCCGUUUCUUUAUCUAUCUUAAAUUGUUCCCGCUCGCCGUUAAUCUUUUCGUCGAAGCGCUGAAUACUACUGAAAUGUUCUUUCAAAACGUUUGUAUAUAGUUUUUUUUUGUUUUAAACGAAUCUUUAUAAAAAGAAAUUUUUGUUUUUCUGUUUAGUUUUUUGUUUUUUUUUUUUUUUUUUCAAUUCUCUUAACUCUCACGCCUAUCUUGUUUAUAUCAUAUUUUUGGACUUUUCAUCGUAUAUUCUCGAGUUUGACCAGCUCUUCUUUUACGAUCAUUCAAAAGAAAGGAAAUUUUGCAUUAAUUCUCAUGCGAGAAA